AUACUUGCGUGUUAUCGAUUGGUAAAUUUCUGCACCAAAACAUUUAACAAAAUUUAUACGCGAAACCUAAACAAUCGCCAUUUCUUCAAAAACCCUGAGCUGAGAAUACAACAAUAUGAGUACACAGCGCGGCAACGCGACUCGCACACGUGCACAAAAACACAAAAAUCGUCAUGUAUUUAAAAACGAUUUGCAUGACAAAACACCACAGCAGAUGCGCCUCAACAAAAUGCAUGUGUCGACCGUAUGCCAGCGCUGCAAGGAAGUCAUUGAGUGGAAGAUCAAGUACAAGAAGUACAAGCCCCUCACGCAGGCCAAGACGUGCGCCCGCUGUCAACAGCGGACUGUCCGCAAGGCGUACCAUGUCAUCUGCAAGGAUUGCGCCGUCAAGGAUCAUGUGUGUGCCAAGUGUCUGAAGAGUGCCGACGAGGUGGAAAUUGAGGCGCCACAGCCGACGCCGCAGGAAGAGCAGCAGCUGCAAGUCGAAAUGGACAGAUUAAUCAAAUCGUUCUCAGAGCGCAAGCGACGCGCCUUUCUACGCUUCAUGGAGAAGGGGCGCAAACAGGAAGCCCAAGAGCCACUCGACGAGGAGGAGCGUGAAGCUCAAGAGAAGGCAACACGGGUUAGGCAUACACGCGAAGAGCUGCUAGAGAAGAUCAAACAGCUGAAUCUCGCCGAAGAAGACGACGAUUAUGGCGAAGAUGAUGACGAAGACGAGGAGGGGGAAUCUGAUCGCGGCUCAGAGGAAAGCAGCAGUGAAGAGGAUAGCGAGGAAGAGCCGCAAAAAGCGAAAACUAUAGUAAAGAAGUAACGUUCAACUGCCUUAACGCUGUGCAUUUAGAGUAUAGUAAACAAAUUUUUUUUGUAUAUACAUACAAAUAAAUAUAAAAUUAAUUAAAAAUUUA